GAAGUGUUGAACAGCGUUGUACCGAUUUUCUUCUGUGCUUAGUGCUUUAUUUGUUAGGAACGCCAGAUCCACGCGGAAAGAUAAAUACAGAGGCGAAAGCAACAGAGUUUCAGUUCCACAACAAGUCCUUGGAAAAGAAAAGGUUUAUAGUCUUGAAGCUGUGGAAAUUACACCAUGGAAUUCUCUGGAAAUGAAUGGGGCUUGCUCGUCAAUCCACAGAACCAGGCCACAAAUAGUGCCUCACAGCUGCAAAUACUUCAAAGGGAAAUAGAAAAGUGCAAGGGCCAUUAUAAUUCCGUGUUAAAGGACAAGGAUGACUUGGUAAGAGUAAAACUUGAAAUCGAAGAGGUGACAGCAAAAUAUAAUGCCCAGAUUCAAAGAUAUCAACAAAACUUUGAAGAUGACAAAUUAGAAAAUACGAUUCAGGACCUAAACUUUCAGGAGAAAUUGAAUGAAGCCGAGAAAGAAAUUGAGGCUGUUAUCAAGGAGCAGAAUACAAUAAAGGAGAAGUUAACAAAACUUGAUGAGCAGAAAGCAAAGUUGGAGAGGCAGCUCAAGGUUUCUUCAUGUAUGCCCGAGAAAAAGUGGGUUUUUGCUCUCCAAGAAACAGAAGAGAAUGAACAGAAAGUAAAAUUUGAUGUCAAGCCAAACAUUCGGUAUCCAAUCAAAGGGGGAUGUGCCCUGAUCACAUUUGACGAUGAGAAAGUUGCUGCUAAGAUAUUGGAGAUGGGACAUCACAAGAUUGAAAUUGGAGAGUGUUCAAUUAAUAUAAAAGCUCAUCCAGUGAAGCUGCCGACUGUGGAAGAAAUUGAAAUUCAGACCCAAGUUUGCAAACACAGAGUGCUGAUUUCAGAAAUCCCAAAGUUUCUUCCAGCUGACCAGAUGUUGGACAAGUUGGAACUCCACUUCAGCAAGCAUAGGAACAAUGGAGGAGAAGUGGAAAAUAUUGAGCUCUUGGAAGAUUCUGGAAAUGUGGUGAUCACAUUUGCUGAUGAAGGAAUUUCUGAGAAUUUGACAAAAAAAGAGUUUCAUCAGGUGACGUUUCGGGGAAUUGAGAAAACUGCCAUUUUGAGGGUCUCGCCAUUUAUUAAGGGUGAAAUUGAGCACAUAAAGGUAGGUGAGAUUAUUUCCAAAAAGACUGUGCUGCUUACUGGAAUUCCAGAUAUACUGGAUGAAGAGAACCUUAAAGACUUCUUGCAGAUUCAUUUCCAGAAGCCGAGGAAUGGAGGCGGGGAGGUGGAUGUGAUCGCAUACGUCCCUGAGGGGAAAAGUGCAAUAGCUUGCUUUGGGGUGGACAAUGAGGAAGAGAUCUGAAAGAUUCAUAGUUUUCUCCAGAAAGGAAUACUGGAAUGUAAAUUUUACCUAGGAAUGAACUUCUCUUCAUAUUUGAUUUUUAGAUAAUGUUAGUGCAUACCCACAUUACCAAGCUGGAACUAUGAUGCUGUCUGCAAAGGUGUGUGCCGGGAACCAGCAAUAGUAGAGACCUAUCCCACUCCCACCCCACCCAAUACUCAUUAACAUGUUAAGGAUGUGUGCAUAUAUGUCUAAUAUGUGCACCUAUUUAAUGUGCUCUUUCAAAAUGUUUCAAAGUUAAAUUCAUGGCUGCAGGUGGUUUGGUAUUAAACUGGGGGGAAGGUAACAGAAUAGAUGUGCAGUUCUUCCUCCAUCUGAUGGAUAUAAAGCUUGAGGUGUCUCUUCUGCUCCUUGAAGUUGAGAGGGGAAACCAUUUUCUCCUGAACUAUUGGUACAGGCACUGUGAAGCCAUUAGCAACAUGAUGUGAGCUACCAUGAAACCUAUGUUCCGCCUUUCCCCUUUGGUAUAAUGUGGCUAAACUCAAGAACUGUAUGAUGUGUGGAUUGUUGAUAUAAUUCUGGCCACACUGUUUUGUAAUGCUGGGCACCUCUUACUCGCAGUGAACAAAAUGAGAUGGCAGAGGGUCUAAACUGGAACAAACUGCCUGUUGUGAAGCCCAAAAUAAGCAUCUCUCAGUGAUUGCUUUGAUACACUCAUUGUUAGUUGCUUUUAUAGAUAUAGUCCAUGUUGCAACAAAAGAUAGGGCUAAUGGUUACGGUUCAAUUACAGGAAUGUAAACUCCAAAAUCUUCCUCAGCACUGUAAUUGUAUGUGCUCUUCCAAGUCUGGCUUCUUCGUCAUUCUUGAAGUUAAUCUCAUCACCAUUCAUGGUCAAGGUCCUAAGCUCUGUAAUUUUCUCCCUUGAUCCCUCUGCCUCCCUCCUAUUAGGACACUUCCAUCUGAAAAAAUUCUUAGGUACUCAAGUGGGUGUGCUUGACUACCAUUGGGCUAUUAAUGCCCAUGUUGGUUAGAGAAUGCCCCAUUGCAAGUUCUAGUUGCACAUUUUUGUAUUCGAAAAUGCAUCCCUGAGACAGAGACCGGUUUGGGGAAGGAGGUCUGGCAGCUGUAGGCUCAACCGGAGCUGCAGCGCAUCUUUAGGCUUGGAUUUGUUCUCUCUGUAACCAUAUAUGUGUCCUCGCUGUUAUCCUGAGUGGAUAAAAGAGUCAAGAAAUGGGCAAUAGUACAACACUAUCACAGUCUGGAACAUUUAACGUUCCAGCUUAACAUCUUAACAUGUAGAUAGUUUGCUUCCUUUCAAAUAAAAUUUAUCUCUUUUGAUAACUUUAUGUUGUUGAAGGCAUUACAGGGGUUUGUGGUUAGACCAGGUAUGAGUAAGCUGGAAGGAUCAAGGCUCGUGGUCAGUGGGGUGGGGAUGGGGUGAUCAUCUGGAAGGUUAGGUGCCUGGGUUAAGGGACAAUGGUCAAGGAAGUGGCUGGGGACAUGGAAAUGUGUGGAAUUUGGAGCCUUCAUCAUGGUCGGGAGAAUCAGAAGGGUGUCAGGAGGUUGGUUGGAUUGAAGGAGGGUCCUUGUUGCUAUGGCAAGGUGUUAUGCUCUUGGCCUUGGUGUGGGUCAGGAGUGAGAUCAGUCUAUUUUCAGUUCUCUUGUAGUUCUCUUGGCAUCAAUGUAUAGGACUUAACCCGCAGGCAUCCCAAUCCAGCAUUUAAUUAUUAAAACAUGGAUAUCUUGGGAGUGAUCAAUAAUGGUUACUUCUUGGAGUCUACAUUCUCCUUUAAUAGGGAAUGAUAUCAACCUGGUGCUGCUGGUGUGAAGAUUGUGUCAGGAGUGCAGGAGUGACCAAGGUCAAAAAAUGCUCUAUUGAAUUUCUGGAGUGUUGCCAAAUGACCUAGAAAUGAUGGGUGUAACACUUCACUCUAAGAAAAAUCAGUUUUCUAUUUUAUAAUGUCAAAAAUCCUUGCUUAAUAUUACUGAAUUUCUAGGCACCAUUAUAAAUUUCCCCUCUGAAAAAGCUUUCGGUCAUCUAUACUAAUAUCUCCUCCUGUUACUCGAUGUCUGAUUUUGUUUGUAAACCUCUUGUGAAGUCCCUUGGGACCUUCUGCUAAAGGCUCAUACAAAUAAA